UCCUGUUGGAGAUAAAUUAACGGAAAGCAGCUGUCGGUUGUUUUAGAGGCGAGGCGGCCGUCUGGCAGCUCAGGGAUCCCGUUUUUGCCUUUCUCUUUUUCCCGGGACUCCGCGGACACUACUACUACUGCUGCUGCUGCUGCUGCUGCUGCACCGCACCCUUCGUGCCCGAGCACCGAGGAGCCGCACUGCCGCACGCCGGCCACAGCGCACCGCAGGGCGGAUAGACAUGUUGCCGAGGUCCGCUGUUCGCCACGGAGCUCCGGCGGUUUGAAAAUUUAAAUUUAAAUUAAAAAAAAAAAAAUGCACUUUCGGGACGUUUGGGAAAUUUGCACCGUCCAACAACACCGGCCGCUCUCGCCUCACCCUACACCACACCGGGCUUCCCUGUGAUUAUUUCUCCUUUUGUUUUUUAUUAUUUCCAGUUUUUCUUUAACGGGACUUUUCUCUUGUUGCUGGAGAUGUUCUUCGUGUCCGGGCUGAAAGUUGCGCGCUCCCCGGCGGAGGGCCUCUAACAGGUCCGGACAGUCUACAUGUAACCCGAGGCGGGGUCAAAGUUCAGCCCUGGUUGGAAAUGUGAAAGCGAAGGGGGCAAAAGGAGGGCUCUAUUUCCCCUCACUCUCACUCCUUUUUCUGUUCUUUCCUCUUUUUUUUUUCUUCCCACACUUACACUACACUCUGCGUGCGCACACGCACGCGCAGACACACACACACACACACACACACCCAGGCUGGAGUUACAGUAACACACACACAAACACACACACACACACACACACACACACACACACACCUACCUUCCCGAUCUAAGAUUAGAUCCGACAGAUAUGUAUUCUCCGCUAUGUUUAACACAGGAUGAAUUCCAUCCUUUCAUCGAAGCGCUGCUGCCCCACGUCCGGGCCUUCGCCUACACGUGGUUCAACCUGCAGGCGCGCAAGAGGAAGUACUUCAAGAAGCACGAGAAGCGCAUGUCCAAGGAGGAGGAGCGCGCCGUGAAGGACGAGCUGCUCGGCGAGAAGCCCGAAGUCAAGCAGAAGUGGGCCUCGCGCCUGCUGGCCAAGCUGCGCAAGGACAUCCGGCCCGAGUUCCGCGAGGACUUUGUGCUGACCGUGACGGGGAAGAAGCCGCCUUGCUGCGUGCUCUCCAACCCGGACCAGAAGGGCAAGAUGCGAAGGAUCGACUGCCUGCGCCAGGCGGACAAGGUGUGGCGCCUGGACCUGGUCAUGGUGAUUUUAUUCAAAGGGAUUCCCCUCGAGAGCACUGACGGGGAGCGGCUGGUAAAGUCUCCGCAGUGUUCGAACCCAACGCUGUGCGUGCAGCCGCACCACAUUGGAGUUUCCGUCAAGGAGCUGGACCUGUACCUGGCCUACUUCGUGCACGCCGGUAAGUCUGGUCUUCCCGUUCUUCUGCGUGUGUUUUUGAGCGCUUAAGUGUGUGUGUGCGUGUGAUGCUGAGCUGCAGCUGCAGGUUUUUUUUGGGAACGUGUGUGCUUUAAGGCUGGGCAAUGCAUCGAUAAGACAUCGAUUUAUGUGGAUUUACGAGGCAAGAUAUCGUCUUAAAGUUUGGAUAUCGUUAUGU